AUGUCGAACGUCUUCAUCAAGCAGACGGCUCCGCCUUCGCCUCCUUUGGAAGCUAUUCCUGCAACUGUUCAACUCCAUGUUCUAUCUGCUGGACAUCUUACACUUCCGGAAAGACAUUUUGUACAUCCAGCCUCCGAGGAAGCAAGGAGUACAGUGCCUUCCUUAGCGUUCCUCAUACAGCAUGAGAACAUUGAGACUGGCAGGAAAACAAGGAUAGUCUUUGACCUCGGAUUGAGACGAGAUUUGGAACGCUACUCGGAGCCUAUUCAACAACAUGCUGCUACGAGACAGCCAAUAUCUACCGAUCCAGAUGUAGUCAAGAGUCUGAAAGCUGGAGGCUUGACUCCUGAUGACAUUGACUUUGUCAUAUAUUCCCAUGUACACUGGGACCACGUCGGAGAACCUCGCGAUUUCUCCCAGAGUAAAUUCGUUGUAGGUAACGGUGCAACAGACCUCCUCCAAGGAACAUCAACGUCGCUCCGCGGAGGCCACUCAUUUUUCGAAUCAGACCUCAUCCCCCACGACCGAACAAUCGAAUUAUCCUCCCCCACAGCCUCCAAAUUCUCAAACAUCAACGAACCCCUUUCCCAGAAGCCAGGAGUACCCAACUUCCACCAACAAUGGAAAUCUCAUCUUCACCUCCCUCACGUCAUCGACCUCUUCCAAGACGGAAGUCUCUACAUAGUCGACGCACCAGGCCAUUUACCAGGGCAUAUCAACCUCCUCGCUCGAACUGGGAUCAACGAAAGUGUAUACUUAGCUGGAGAUGCAUGCCAUGACAGAAGGAUUUUGCGGAAAGAGAAGACGAUAGGGACAUGGGCAGAUGCUGAGGGGUAUACAUGUUGCAUCCAUGCGAAUCGUGAGAAAGCGGAAGAGACAAUCGAUAGGAUUAGAGAGCUGGAGAGGCAGGGAAUUGAGGUUAUCUUUGCGCAUGAUGUGGAGUGGGAACAGGAUCCGAAGAAUAGGGACAGGCAACAUCCAUAUGCACAAAACCUCCCUCCACUACACGAUUCACUGCUCAGCACCAUGGCAACACCCAAACCCUCACAAGAAGAACAAAAACAAAAAUUCAUCUCCACCCUAGGAGCAACAUCCUGGAACUCGUCCUGGGCAUCCGUAUCCUCCCUCUCCCCCGAAAUCUUCGCCGCAAGCAUCCACCUCUCCUCAAUCCCGCUCAAAAAACAACAUCUACACCCAAAAAUCCAAUCCCUCAUCUCCCUCACCGUCUCCGCAUCGUCCACCCAUCUCUACACCCCCGGCAUCCACCGCCACACCAAAGCCGCGCUCGAAAAUGGCGCGUCGCCAGCUGAGAUCAUGGAAGUGCUCGAACUGACGUCCACGCUAGGAAUCCACGCAUGCAAUAUCGGCGUCCCGCUCUUAAUGGAAGUAAUGAAAGAAGAAGGUCUCUACGAGGGGAAAUUCGGCGCAGCGUCCGGGUGGGAAGAAGGCUCCGAGCGCAAGAGACUGAGAGAGGAAUUCACAGCCAAAAGAGGAUACUGGCACGAGUUCUGGGAGGAUUUCCUGAAACUCGAUCCGGAGUUCUUUGCUGCGUAUCUGGACUUCUCGACGGUACCGUGGGUGCGGGAUGCGAGGGACGGGAAGGCGGGCGGAGUGUUGGAGCCGAAGGUGAAGGAGUUGGUGUAUUGUGCGUUUGAUGCGGCGAGUACGCAUCUUUAUCAGCCCGGGCUGAAGUUGCAUAUGCGGAAUGCGUUGGGGUUAGGCGCGAGUCCGGAGGAGAUUAUGGAGGUGUUGGAAUUGGCUACUUUGUUGAGUUUGCAUACGUUGGAGGUUGCGACGCCGAUAUUGGUGGAGCAUAUGAAGAAGUGA